GGGCCGGGCGCCGCGGCCCCGGCAUGAGGAGCGGGCGAUGAUCCCCGCCAACGCCUCCGCCAGGAAGGGGCCGGAGGGCAAGUACCCGCUGCACUACCUCGUGUGGCACAACCGCCACCGCGAGCUGGAGAAGGAGGUCCGCGCCGGCCAGGUGGACAUCGAGCAGCUGGAUCCCCGUGGCCGGACUCCCUUGCACCUGGCUACCACACUGGGGCACCUGGAGUGUGCCCGUGUGCUCUUAGCACACGGUGCUGACGUGGGCAGGGAGAACCGCAGUGGCUGGACAGUGCUUCAGGAAGCUGUGAGUACCCGGGACCUGGAGCUGGUACAGCUGGUGCUGAGGUACCGGGAUUACCAGCGGGUGGUGAAGCGGCUGGCAGGCAUCCCUGUGCUCCUGGAGAAGCUGCGCAAGGCCCAGGACUUCUAUGUGGAGAUGAAAUGGGAAUUCACUAGCUGGGUGCCCCUGGUGUCCAAGAUCUGCCCUAGUGACACCUACAAAGUGUGGAAGAGUGGCCAGAACCUGAGGGUAGACACUACGCUCCUGGGCUUUGACCACAUGACGUGGCAGCGAGGGAACCGCAGCUUCAUCUUUAGGGGCCAAGCAGACACGAGUGCUGUGGUCAUGGAGAUUGACCAUGACCGCCGGGUGGUGUAUACCGAGACUCUGGCAUUGGCUGGGCAGGAUCGGGAGCUACUGCUGGCUGCUGCCCAGCCCACUGAGGAACAGGUGCUGAGCCGGCUCACUGCACCUGUUGUUACCACACAGCUCGACACCAAGAACAUCUCCUUUGAGAGGAAUAAGACUGGCAUUCUGGGCUGGCGCAGUGAGAAGACAGAGAUGGUGAAUGGGUAUGAAGCAAAGGUAUAUGGGGCAUCCAAUGUGGAGCUCAUCACCCGGACCCGGACAGAGCAUCUUUCGGAACAGCACAAGGGCAAGGUCAAAGGCUGUAAGACACCUCUCCAGUCCUUCCUGGGAAUUGCUGAGCAGCAUGGGGGCCCCCAAAACGGGACCCUGAUCACUCAGACCCUGAGCCAAGCCAAUCCCACUGCCAUCACUGCAGAAGAAUACUUCAACCCCAACUUUGAACUUGGCAACCGGGAUAUGGGCCGCCCCAUGGAACUGACCACCAAGACACAAAAGUUCAAGGCCAAGCUGUGGCUGUGUGAGGAGCAUCCCCUGUCCCUGUGUGAGCAGGUGGCCCCCAUCAUUGACCUCAUGGCGGUCAGCAAUGCACUCUUUGCCAAGCUCCGGGACUUCAUCACCCUGCGCCUGCCUCCAGGGUUUCCCGUCAAGAUUGAAAUCCCGAUCUUCCACAUCCUCAACGCUCGCAUCACCUUCGGGAACCUCAAUGGCUGCGAUGAACCGGUGCCAUCGGUGCGAGGCAGCCCCAGCAGUGAGACUCCUUCCCCAGGCAGUGACUCCUCCAGCGUCAGCAGCUCCAGUUCUACGAGUGAGACCCACCACACCCCGUGCCUUGCCAACCCCAGCUUCCUUCCGUCCCGCUCUGAGCCGGCCUGGCUUUCCCUCCCCACCCCUGCACGCUGGAGGGCCGGCCCACGCGUCACCCAGAGCCUCACGUCCUCAGCCUCGUGCCGCGGCUGCGAGAUCUCCCCGGCCUUGUUCGAGGCCCCACGAGGCUACAGCGUGCUGGGCGGCCAGCGGGAGGCAGCCACUCGUGACGAGGACGACGACCUGCUACAGUUUGCCAUCCAGCAGAGCCUGCUUGAGGCAGGCAGUGAGUAUGAUCAGGUCACCAUCUGGGAGGCGCUAACCAACAGCAAACCAGGCACUCACCCCAUGUCCUACGAGGGUCGCCGUCAGGACAGGAGCACCCCGCCUACGCCGCAGCGCCAGCACGUGCCCCCAGCGCGGAUGCCCAGCCCUCGACCCAGUCCCGGCCCCGGCUCGGGCGGCCACGUGUUCCAGAGCUACGACGAGCAGCUGCGCCUGGCCAUGGAGCUGUCGGCUCAGGAGCAAGAGGAGCGGCGGCGUCGUGCGCGCCAGGAGGAGGAGGAGCUGGAGCGCAUCCUGAGACUCUCGCUGACCGAGCAGUAGCGCCCCCUGGCGGGCCCUCACCCACUCCACCCCUGCAGGGUCCAGGACCCGAGCACGAAGAACUCUGGCCGGUUCGCCCACAGAGCUGCGGCUGGAGCCUGGAGCCCCAGCCUUAGGGGUGUAACAGUGCACCAUGCACGACACCGGCGCAGGGUAACUUUCUAGGACAGAGCCCUGGAGGUGACUGGCACCUCCCGGUCCUCCUGCUUUGCAGUAUCCUGACUCCUAAUCUGCUCCUCCGGGCUCCGUUCUGUCCAUGGGCGAGGUAGAUGGUUCUGAAAGGAAGACGCAUCCUCAGCGGAGCAUUGUCCCCACCCCUUGCUCCUUCUGGCCGGUCCUCCUUUCUGCUCACUGGCCCCACACUGGACACUACCCCUGAAGCCUUUGCAUCUCUGCUCUUCAUCCCUGGGGGGCAGCUGAGGUCCCCAAGUGCUGUGUUGCUGCUUUGUCCCAGACACAAACAGCACUGUCAAGGGCCCAGUCCCUCCCCACCCCGGCAUUUCAGCGUCAAGUGCACUUAGCGGGGUGCCCGGCUCCCCCAGUCCCCACACCCGUCCUGGAUCUCAGGGUGGUCCUAGCUUUUCCUUGGGCAGUCAGAAGUUGAAGUUUCCACCCCCAAGGCACAGUUUUGUGAUCAGGGAGUGGGUCCAAGGUGGUCCCGGGGCCCUGGAAAGGCCGGAUUCCCUCCUGGUGCCUUGGAGAAUGGGAGGGCAUAUUCGGCUGGGGGCAAGCGCUAGACCCGACACAAAACAGGAUACAAAGGAUCACUUAGGGCCCUGGCACCACCCUCCACCCCCUCCUACCAGCUGCUGCUAGCCCUCUGUGGUUGUGCAUCCCUCUUGCCCUUACUUAUGGGCUAAAACCCUUCAUCCAAUGGUGCUAACCCCCGGCUCUCCCCUGCCCUGCCUCACCCACCCAGAGAAGCACAGAUCCCUCCAGGGGCAGGGGCCCUGGCCCACUGCACAUCUUUGUCCUGGGCCUCUCAGACUGGCCUUCCUAGUUCAGCCAGUGAGGCUCAGAAGGGACACAAAAAGGGGACAGAAGUAAAGAGCAUCAAAGAGAAACUGUUCCUUCCACUCCCUUCCCUGAUGCCAGGGGCACCAGACUGAUUCUGAGGCACAAAUAAAGAGGC